AUGAUUCAGAAAGCAGCAGAGGCCCACCUCCCUGUGCUGGAGUCCAAGGAAGGCAUGUCCAUCACCAUGUAUGACUUGGAUGCCACCCAUGUCUGGACCUUCAAGUACAGGUAUUGGCCUAACAACAACAGCAGAAUGUAUGUCUUGGAGAAGACAGGUGACUUUGUUAAUGCACAUGGACUGCAAUCAGGAGACUUCAUCACACUUUACCAAGACUGCCAAAACCACCAGACCUAUGUCAUCCAAGCUAGAAAGGCUUCUGAGGAGGAGAGCAUAUUUGCAGACAUAAUGAACAGUGAUGUCAUGAGCGACCACAUCCUGGUUCAGGACCUUGAUCAUCCCCACCACCACCACAUUGCUGGAAAGACCAACUCAGCCCUCUACUACGAUAGUAAUGCAAUGGAGAGCGCGGCUGCCAGUUUGUCCUUCAUUUACGACAGCACAACCACCUUCUCCAACGACUCUCCCUUGGAUUUUUUGGGUGGAUCGAUGACCAACUUCCCCAGAGCCGGGAACCACCUGGAGAGCUUUGGUUCCAUUGAGGCGCUUUCCCUUGAUGACUUCUAUUAG